CUCUUUCUCUCUCUCGCCGUCUCGCUUCUUUGUUUCUGUGGCUCUCCUGUGACCUAAUCUAACAACCCUGAUAAAAAGAAGCAAGGAUGUUUGGAAGAGCACCAAAGAAAAGCGACAACACAAAGUACUAUGAGAUUCUGGGAGUCUCUAAGAACGCAUCACAAGAUGAUCUAAAGAAAGCUUAUAGAAAAGCAGCCAUCAAGAACCAUCCUGAUAAGGGUGGCGAUCCUGAAAAGUUUAAAGAGUUGGCACAAGCUUAUGAGGUUUUAAGUGAUCCAGAAAAGCGUGAGAUAUAUGAUCAGUAUGGCGAGGAUGCCCUCAAGGAAGGAAUGGGUGGUGGUGGUGGUGGCGGCCAUGAUCCAUUCGAUAUUUUCCAAUCUUUCUUUGGUGGCAGUCCAUUCGGUGGUGGCGGCAGCAGCAGAGGCCGAAGGCAGAGGAGGGGUGAGGAUGUGAUUCAUCCUCUCAAGGUUUCUUUGGAAGAUCUCUACAAUGGCACCUCCAAAAAACUCUCUCUUUCUCGCAAUGUUAUCUGCUCGAAGUGCAAAGGUAAAGGGUCUAAAUCCGGUGCAUCAAUGAAAUGUUCUGGUUGCCAAGGUUCUGGAAUGAAGGUUUCAAUAAGACAUCUUGGACCCUCUAUGAUCCAGCAAAUGCAGCAUCCCUGCAAUGAGUGCAAGGGUACUGGUGAGACCAUUAAUGACAAGGACCGCUGCCCUCAAUGCAAGGGUGAAAAGGUUGUUCAAGAGAAGAAAGUGCUGGAAGUUAUUGUUGAGAAGGGUAUGCAAAAUGGGCAGAAGAUUACAUUUCCUGGAGAAGCUGAUGAAGCUCCUGAUACUAUCACUGGGGACAUUGUUUUUGUCCUACAGCAAAAGGAGCACCCUAAGUUCAAGCGAAAGGGAGAUGACCUAGUUGUUGAGCACACACUUUCUCUCACAGAGGCACUCUGUGGCUUCCAGUUUAUAUUGACCCAUUUAGAUGGAAGGCAGCUCCUCAUAAAAUCCCAACCUGGGGAAGUAGUGAAACCAGAUCAAUUCAAGGCCAUUAAUGAUGAAGGAAUGCCAAUGUAUCAAAGGCCAUUCAUGAGGGGGAAAUUGUACAUUCAUUUCUCUGUUGAUUUCCCAGACUCUCUGCCCCCAGAUCAGUGCAAAGCCUUGGAGACUGUGCUUCCCUCAAGGACUUCAGUCCAGCUGUCUGACAUGGAGCUGGAUGAAUGUGAAGAGACCACUUUACAUGAUGUGAACUUUGAAGAGGAGAUGAGGCGGAAACAGCAGCAGGCCCAGGAAGCAUAUGAUGAGGACGAAGAUAUGCAUGGUGGUGCCCAAAGGGUGCAAUGCGCUCAACAAUAAAUAAAUCAACUAAUAGGAGGGAGUAACGAUGGUGUUGAUCAAUGAGAUUUUAUCUGAACCAGAGCUGAGAUUGAUUAAUGUGGGUUUGACAGAUAGUGUGAGAAUAAGAUGAUAUUCUCUAACAUUCAUUGCCUUCUGCUAUAGGAUUCUGUCUUGAGAUUUCACUUGUGUCC